AUGAGGCGUCCUAAAGCGGCGUCGAGGCGGGCCGCCCCGGACUGCGAUGAGCCUGAAAGAGCUAGUGCCGCAGGGGAGGCCCGGAACCAGGUAGCCGCCGCCCGCCCGCUGCUCAGCCCCGCACCGCCGCUCGUCCGCAGCCGCCAGGGGGCAUGGGAGCGGCGGGCAGCGCCCGCUGAGAGCGCCGCGCCCCGCUGCAGAGACGAGUGUGGGAUGUCCCCGCGCUUCUCCCCUAGCCCCUCACCACAGUUGUCUGUGGCGCACGGCGCGGCUCGGCGGGAGGGGCCUCGCAGCGCGAGAGCCGCUACUGCCUCCCCACCUCAAACACUCCACGGGCCAGGCGCGGGCCCCGCGGAGCGACGUGCAGGCAGCGCCGAGGAGUCGCCGUGUCCCACGCCCCGCCCCUUGGCAGGCUGUCGCGGCCCAUUGGCUGACCCGCUGUGCGUCGGUGGUUGGAGGCAACAAAUGGCGGGCGGUGCGGAACUAGAGGGCGCCCCCGAGUGGUGGGGCGGCUCAAUGGGAUUUGAUUUGGCUUCACCCAGGCCCCCCGGGUUGUUCCCAGACAUGCCUCUGGAGCAGGGGUUCUUCUGGGGUGUUGGCAGUCCCGUGCUUAGCCAUCAGUGUUUGUUACCGAAGCAUAGCAAGGAUAAGUCCCUUCAGCCUGCUUUUGCCUGGCCAUUCACAAAUCACUGCGAUUUCCUCUUAACGUCGUUAAUCACCAACUGUAAGGAAAUGCAACCUUUUGGGACGCUGCAGAGCACUGCUAAAUAUAUAAAGCUAUUGAAAGGUUUUUUCAAACCACCUUUUCUUUUCUCUUCCUCCCCUCCCAUUUUCCCCGGGCGGCCCAGGGGGAGCGAGGAGAGAGGAGGCGACAAGAUGGGGGCUGUGGCGGCGGUGCUCUCCGUGGUGCUGAUCCUGGGGCUGGGGCUGCUACCGGUAGCCCAGGCCUGCCCCCAGCCCUGUGCCUGCUACCUGCCCACUGAGGUCCACUGCACCUUCCGGUCCUUGGCCGCCGUGCCUGGGAGGAUCCCAAAACAUGUGGAAAGAAUCAAUUUCGGGUUUAACAGUAUACAGUCUAUAUAUGAAAACUCCCUUGCUGGACUUACAAAACUGGAAUUGCUUAUGAUACAUGGAAAUGACAUUCAGAAUAUACCUAAUGGUGCUUUGAAAGAUCUCGUAUCUCUCCAGGUUUUCAAAAUCAGUUACAAUAAAUUGAAAGUCAUAACUGGCCAGACCCUCCAAGGACUUUCAAGCUUAAUGAGACUGCACAUGGACCACAACAGAAUUGAGUUUAUUCAUCCAAAUGCUUUUAAUGGAUUAACUUCUCUCAGACUGGUCCACUUAGAAGGAAAUUUACUCCAUCAACUUCAUCCCAACACCUUUUCAACAUUUAUGGUCCUUGAUUAUUUCAGACUGUCAACAGUUAGACAUCUCUACCUAUCUGAAAAUGCUCUUAGGACCUUGCCUGAAAGGAUGUUUCAAGGCAUGCCACUGCUGGAAAAUCUUUACCUUCAUGGCAAUCCAUGGACCUGUGACUGCAAUUUAAAGUGGCUUCUUGAAUGGAAUGAAGUUUCUGGAGGUGUUUUAAAAUGCAAAAAGGACAAAGCUUAUGAAGGGGGACAGCUCUGUCCUAAGUGCAACAGCCCAAAACAUCUGCAGAAAGAAGAUAUUCAAAACUUGAAAGAUAUUUCCUGUGGGAAACCUAUAAUUCAGUCUUCAUUGAGGCAGAAUAGCAGCGCUCAAAAUGAAGAUGAUGGUGAAAGUUACAAAGUCUCUCUGGAAAAGAUUCAGUCCUCUCCAUGGAACAUUACUCUAAAUAUGACUGAUGAGCAUGGCAAUGUAGUCCACCUCAACUGUGAAAUCAAAAAACCAGCAGGCUCUACCAAAAUUCAUUGGAAUCAAAUCCAGACUCAGGAGAUUGAUCUAAAUGCUACAAUUUCACUGGAUUUUGAGUGUCCAAUGAACCGAGAAAACUAUGAAAAAUUAUGGAAGCUUAUAGCUUAUUACAGUGAAGUACCUGUCAAAUUAGAGAGGGAACUUAUGCUCAGCAAAGAGCCUAAAAUAAGCUAUCGGUACAGACAAGGCUUAGAUUAUGAUGCUCUUUACUACACAGGUGUAAAAGCUCAAAUACUGGCUGAGCCUUCCUGGGUGAUGCAACCUCUUAUAAAUAUCCAAUUAAACAGACAUCAAAGUACAGGGAAAAAGGUGUUGCUGUCUUUUUCUACUGUGUUUUCUCAGACAAUUCGUACCAAAGACACUGGGCAGCAGAGAAGCUGGGUAAUGAUAGAGCAAAACCAGACCACAAGGACAUCACAGAGUGUGGUGGAAGGGUCAGAAUGUCAGCUGAGCUGCAAUGUGAAAGCUUCUGAGAGCCCUUCCAUUCAGUGGCUAUUUCCAGAUGGAACUAAACUGCAGGUGCCAUUUAAUGAAAAAAACAGUCGAUUUUCCAUUCUUAGCAGUGGCCAGCUAAUAAUCAAAUCAGUGAGUUACACUGAUGGUGGUUUGUACCACUGCAUUGCACAGGUGAGAGAUGAUGCUGACAUAAUGACUUUCAGACUCGUGGUGCAGCCUCCAGCUGUUCAUGUAGCUGAUUCAGAUAUAGCGAGAGUUGAAAAAAAUGUUGGAGAUCCAAUAGUUUUGCCAUGCAAUGCAGUUGCCAUCCCAGAGCCACAGCUGAGCUGGAUUCUUCCAAACAGUCAGGUACUUAAUGAUUUAUCAAACUCUUCAAAAGGAUAUAUGUUGGACAAUGGUACUUUGCUUAUUCCAAAAAGCCACGUCAGUGAUAGUGGCCACUACAGAUGUGUGGCUGUCAAUCAGCAGGGAUCAGAUCAGUUUGUCGUAAGGGUUACAGUAAAUAAAAUGGUGUCUGACAGGUCAUUUAAAAGGGUAAAACUAAAAAAACGCCCAGGCUCAAAAAGUUUGUCAAAAAAAAGAGGGCGUAUCAUAGAUGAUGGAGAGGGGUCAGGAGCAGAAGGAGUGGAGGAGUUCCCUCAGAGAAAAAGCCACCUGAAAGACUGGGAAAUAGGCUUUAAACAAAAAAGUGACCAUGUGACAGAAGCUCAAAUUAAAAAAAGAAAGAAAGGCAGAAGAAAAAUUAAAAUCUGGAAGAGUACUGAUAGAAACCAAGACAGCAAUGUUGCAGAAGGCCGGAGAGCAUUUGAAUCUCGAAGGAGAAUUAAUGUAGCAAGCAAGCAGAUUAAUCCACAGCAUUGGGCUGACAUUUUGGCAAAGGUCCGUGGGAAGAAUAUUCCUAGAACAACAGCUACAGCCAUUUCUUUAACAACCGCACUGACAUCAGUCAUGCAGAGAACUACUUCAGUCCCUUAUCCAAUAGCCAGCCCUCCAACUUCAGGAGCAACAGCUGAUGUGGUAGAUUCCUCUGCUGAAGCACCACCUGUGGGGGAGGAUGAGCCACUCUCAGUCACCAUUUCCCAGAACACUAAAGCAUUUUCAGUCCAGUCCAUAUUAACAAGGUCAGAAACUCAACCCUUCUCCAACCACAGGGACUUAGAAACACCUGCAAGUACAUACCCUGGUGAAAUUGCUGUAUCAGGUGUUCAUUUGACUCCUGUCUCUGCAACUGUAGUCGAAGAAAAUAUCUAUCCUUUCACUGAAGAACCUGUAACCAGACAAAUUGUAACAAACUUCCCUAAUAUUCAGAGCAGCUCAUAUACAGUGGAAAAUAUAGAUAGGAGUGUGUCUUCUACAUCAGAAGAGAAUUCUGCUUUUGCUGAGCUACCACUUGAUGCUACACUCCUAGCCGAAUAUCAGACUGCAGCUCUUCAUAGCAUCUUGGAGACAACUGUGAAAUUAAGUAAAGUGGAUCAAAUAAAUAUUGACACUAUAAUUUCAACACCUUUUCAGUUAGAUGAGAUCAUCCCAACAGAUUCUGUAGACACUACUACCAUUUCUUCAUCCAUUUCUCCGUUUGUUAAAGAAAAAAGCAAUGACUUGAUACACCAGCACAAAGAAGCAUCUACAGAUCAGGCAAAAAUGGCAGACAUAAGUACAAGUUUUCCAGUUGUCACAUCCAUUGGAGUUCAGAGCAAGGAAGAACCUGAGACCUAUGGGAAUAUAGUAACUCAAGAAAGCAUGUCCAGCCAUUAUGCAGAGAGUUUUCAGGGAGGAAACAGAAACUUGGCUACUCCAAAACCAGAUACCACGUUUGUUUUGCAUAAUACUAAUGCUCAUCAUAAACCAGCAGAGGGGAUAAAAUCUGCUUCUGAUGACAAUAGGUUGACCACUGCGGCCACAACAACAGCUCCCUAUAGAAAGACCAUGCCUCCACUUGUUACUCAGCAUGCUAGGAGAAGGCCUUAUGGGAGAAGGGGAUUGAGGCCAAACAGAAUUCGACAAAAAACAAAGCCUUUCCCCCGCAUUGUUUUAACCACAGAGGCAAUACCUAUUGUUCCAAAGACACCUGUGGUUGAAGCUGUGACCAAAAUCCCUUCUGCAGCUCUUGAAAGCCGUGAUCUUACAGGCAAUGUCAAAAUACAGGCUAAACAAGAGGAGCACAUGGCAUUUAUUCCUUCUUUAGUUUCUAAUCCAGAUGUCUUUGAGAAAAUUACCAAAAUCAAAGAGGUAGUCACAACCUACUUUACGCCUACUGCUUCUUCACCUCAGGAAGAACAUACGACACUUGCUACUGCUUCAGAAACCUUGACUCUUCCAGUGACUGCACCUGUUGCAAUUUUCUCAUCACAUAAUGUAUAUGACACAGGUUCCAGGAAAGAGUCAAGUGCACCUCUGAAACCUGAGCUAAUGGAAGUGCCAGGAUACACCUCAUUAGACAAUAUAUCUGAGAUGGGCAUUAAAGCACAUUCUAAAACAAUGGAUAGUAAGGCAGAACAACUGAGUACAACAGUUUCUCCUAAGCACCUAAAUAGCUUGAUGCUAUCUGCAAAACCAGAAUCUCAAGAGCCUAUCCUAUUUGACUCAGAAAUAGUGGUUAACGAAACAACUGCUGAAACAUUCCAGUUGAUAUAUCCCACCUCAACUGACUUAGGUAUUUCUUUUGGAGCAGAAGAAGAUUUUAAGGACAUCUCAGUUUCAGUGGAGUCAUGGAAGCCGACAGUAUCUUUAGAAACACCAGGAAUAAAUGAACGAGCUCAGCAACUGGAGACAAUUACUUCAUCAUUCUCCUUCAGCAGGACAGAAACUUAUACUUUUCCACUUAAUGAAACAGAAAAACCUGUUGCUUCUCAGACUGAGACAAAGCCAUCUUCCUUGGAAGACAAACAAGCAAUGUUGAAAGUAUUUCAUCAUAAUCCCACAUUGGAAACAACUGAAAAGCCUUCAACUAUAUCCACUGCCUUUAUUCCUUUUAUAAAACUUGUCACUCUUCCACCCUCUAUUUCACCUCCUUCACUUCAUUAUGCCACUGAGGAAAGUGUUACCUUCAAUCAAGAAAGCCUCCUAGAAGGAAAACAAAUUGAAACAGAUAGGGACAAAAUGGUGGUAUCAAGGUGGAAUGUGCACCCUAUUUCUCCUUCUAGCCAAAACAAAAUAAGUAUACAAUCAAAAGAGGAGCAAUUCAAAGAGUUACAUAGUAGCAUGUCAAACAACAGUUUAUUGAUAAAUCCAAACAUUCCACAUCCACCUGCUGGAAUGAUACCAAGCCUAAACCAAAGGCUACUCAUUGUGCCUCCAAAGUAUGUUCCAGUAAGAGGUGCAGUGAAGCCUCCAUAUAUUGCAACACAAGGUUCACUUCGCUAUUUUAUGACACCUCUUCACUACACAAACAAACCAGAGAUAACAGCAUAUGCAGCACAGACCAUACAGGACAAAAAAUCUUUUGCCUCUCAGAGGGAAGCAGCUACCCCAACACAAACCUCUCUAUUUCACAAAACAAAUCCAAUCACUGCAAGCAAGUUCAGUAAUCAGGGUCAGAACAGAUACAAUAUUAAUUCAAGAUUUUCUGGAAGUAACUAUGUUCCAGAUAACAGAAGCACAGUAGGGAGACUGCCAAGUCAGUGGAUCCCCUAUUAUCCUAGUUCCAGAAUGUCUUUCCUUUUCAACAGAACAAGGAUAUUCCCUCACUUAAAUAUGCAUCCUAAACCAGUGGUCCCUAGUCAACCAUUUCCAAAAGAUGUAAAUGAGAAGGUUGCUCAGGUCUCCCCUACUAGCAUUACAAUGCAGAAAGCUACAGGUAUUCCAGUGCCUCCAGUGUCGCACACCACAACCACCACAUUUCCACCACCAGCAAUUUUGAAGAUUACCCCUCCAGCCUUCCUCUCUCAGCACACAAAACCUCAGCUAUCUACUGCAGUUCAUCCAGUUAAAAAUGUGCAGCAGCAUCAAAAAGUUCCAUCUGUGCCUUAUGUGGGAGGCAUUCUGUCACACAAUUCAACUGUAUUUCAGUCUUCCACUAAUUUCAGGAUUCAUGGAGAAAGACCUAAAAUAAUCACAAAAGGGUCUCAGAGCAUAUCCAUUCUUGCUGAAACAGAUAUUUCUAUCCCUUGUGAUGCAGUUGGGGAACCCAAGCCUUUUAUUACUUGGACAAAAUUCUCUACAGGAGCUCUAAUGACAGCCAACACCAGGUUACAAAGGUUUGAGGUCUGGAAAAAUGGUACUCUCCUUAUCCAAAAUGUUCAGCUUCAGGAUCGUGGACAGUAUUUGUGCACAGCUCAGAACCAGCAUGGCAUAGAUAAAAUGAUUAUUCUGCUCACAGUUGUAGCCCACCCCCCCAAAAUUUUACUUUCCCGCUAUCGGGAUGUCACGGUCUACUUUGGAGAGACCAUAGCAAUGGAAUGUCAGGCUAGUGGGACUCCAAGCCCACAUAUUUCGUGGAUUUUCCCAGAUAGGAAGAUUUUACAGACAGUCACUGCCACAGAAAGCAGGAUAAUGCUUCAUGAAAAUCGGACCUUGUCUAUCAAGCAAGCGACUUUUUCUGACAGAGGAGUUUACAAAUGCAUUGCAAGCAAUGCUGCAGGGGCUGACAGUAUCUCAGUGAAGUUGCACAUUGCAGCCUUACCCCCCAUCAUCCAGCAGGAUAAGCAAGAGAACAUUUCCUUGCCCCUUGGUAGCAGUAUUAAUAUCCACUGCACUGCCAAAGCAGCACCUCCUCCCAAUAUCCGCUGGGUGGUCUUUGAUGGCACACAAAUCCGACCCUCUCAGUUUGUCAAUGGGAAUUUGUUUGUUUUUCCCAAUGGAACUCUUUAUAUUCGCAACAUCUCCCCCAAGGACAGUGGGACCUAUGACUGCAUUGCUGCUAACAUGGUAGGAGCUGCCAAGAGAACAAUACAGAUUCAUGUGAAGAAGCAUGCAUCUAAUGCUAAGAUCACUGGGAGCUCUCCUCAGAGGACAGAUGUAACUUAUGGCAGCACCCUGCAUUUGGACUGUAGUGCUUCUGGAGACCCUUGGCCUCGGAUAUUAUGGAGAUUGCCUUCCAAAAGGAUGAUUGAUUCCUUACACAGUAGCUUGGAGACUAGAAUCAAAGUAUUCAACAAUGGGACUUUGGUUGUCCAUUCAGUUACAGAUAAAGAUGCAGGAGACUAUUUGUGUGUGGCUCGCAAUAAGAUCGGGGAUGACUAUGUGGUCCUCAAAGUGAAUGUGAUGAUGAAAGCAGCAAAAAUAGAACAUAAAAAUGAUAAUAACCACAAGGUCAAGUAUGGAGGGGACCUGAAAGUUGACUGUGUAGCAACAGGUCUGCCAAAUCCUGAGAUCUCCUGGGGUCUCCCAGAUGGCAGCAUGAUCAAUACCUUCAUGCAGUCAGAUGACAGUGGCAGCAGGACAAAGCGAUAUGUGGUCUUCAAUAAUGGAACCUUGUAUUUCAAUGAUGUUGGACUGAGAGAGGAAGGGGACUACACAUGUUAUGCUGAAAACCAGAUUGGGAAGGAUGAGAUGAAAGUGCGGGUCAAAGUAGUGGCCGAGCCUGCAACUAUCAAGAAUAAAACGUAUGCCAUUGUUAAUGUACCCUAUGGUGAUGUUAUCACAGUAGCAUGUGAAGCCAAAGGAGAACCCACUCCCAAAGUCACCUGGUUCUCCCCAGCCAACAGACCCAUUCCUGCCCUAUCUGAUAAGUACCAGGUCUAUAAGGAUGGCACCCUCCUCAUCCAAAAGGCCCAAAGAUCUGACAGUGGUAACUAUACUUGCGUAGCGCGGAACAAUGCUGGAGAAGAUCGGAAAAUUGUCUGGAUCCAUGUUAAUGUUCAGCCUCCCAGAAUUAAUGGGCAUCUCAGUGCAAUAACAUCUGUGAGAGAGACAGCCAUCAGGGACAGCCAGAAACUUAUUGACUGCAAAACUGAAGGCAUCCCUGCUCCACAGGUAUUAUGGGCUUUUCCAGAAGGAGUAAUCCUGCCAGCUCCCUACUACGGGAACAGAAUCACUGUGCAUCGCAAUGGUACAUUGGACAUCAGAGGGGUGAAGCAGACAGAUGCAGUGCAGCUCAUAUGCAUCGGACGGAAUGAGGGAGGGGAAGCAAGACUGAUUGUGCAGCUCUUCAUUACAGAUGACAUGGAGAAACCUUCCUUCAGAGACCCUGUCAGUGAACGGAUCACUGCCAUUGCUGGGCACAGCAUCAAUCUGAACUGCUCAGUCCAGGGGAACCCCAAACCCAGCACAAGCUGGAUCCUUCCCAAUGGCACUGAAGUGCUGAGUGGCAGCCGCCUGCACAGAUUUUACCAUAAGAAGGAUGGGAUCUUACACAUAAGCAGCCUCUCAGCUGGGGAUGCUGGGACUUACCGCUGUACAGCUAGAAACCCAGGAGGUUAUGUGGAACGAGUAGUCUUCCUGAAGGUGGGACUCAGGCCAGAAAUUAGCAACCAGUACAACAACCUAGUGAGCAUCAUCAAUGGAGAAACUCUGCAGCUCCAUUGCAUCACCCAGCCAAACCAGCGGGCACAGAUCUCCUGGACCCUGCCCAAUGGGAUGGUUAUGGAUGCUCCACAAGCUCUGGGUCGCUUUUCCCUGAUGGAGAAUGGCUCACUGACGGUGCGUGAGGCUUCUGUGUUUGACAGGGGCACUUACCUGUGCAAGGUGUCCACAGAGUAUGGCACCUCUGUUAUGAAUGUGCCUGUCAUUGUGAUAGCCUAUCCUCCCCGAAUCACCAGUGAGCCAGCACCUGUCAUUUAUGCCAGGCCUGGAAAUUCAGUAAAACUGAACUGCAUGGCCAUUGGGAUUCCUAAAGCAGAAAUAACAUGGGAGCUUCCAGAUAAAUCUCAUCUGACAACAGGAGCUCAAUCCCGUCUGUAUGGAAACAAAUUCCUCCACCCUCAGGGGUCAUUAGUCAUCCAGCAGUCUUCUCAAAGGGAUGCGGGCUUCUAUAAAUGCACUGCUAAAAAUAUACUAGGCAGUGAUUCGAAAACAACCUAUGUACACAUGUUCUAAUACUCAAACAAAUGCCUUUGGCUGGCUACUAGUGUUCAGGUCACUUCCAAGUAAGUGCAAUGAGGAAAGUACUGUUUGCAGCAAAGCCAGGAAGACUGAAGGCAGAAAAAAAGGAAUUAAUCCUAUUUUUAUGCAAAGUGUAUUGCAUGUAUUCAAUGUGGUAAUAAGUCCCUGAAAUAAAGGAGGCAAUAGGCAUACUGAAACUGAGGAGACUAACAUGUUGAAAAAGGUCAAGUUGUUACGACAGUGUAGUGUGUUUUUUCAUGCUAUCUGAUAGCACCUGAGACCUGAAGUACUCUAUUCUUGUCAAUAGUGCAAAGGUAUUCCUUGUUCUAACAAGCACCUUAAAAGUACCAAAGAAGUAUUAACUGUUAAUAAAUGAGCUGCAGUGAUAAAAGUGCUUUAGUAAAACAUAAUUUUCUUUAUACCCUGCAGUGCUUUUACAUAAUCUAGCCUUAUAGAAUAUGAUUACUAACCUUCCUGUUCAUUCUUUAUCAGCUCCUCAAAAUCGAAGACUAACUUAGCAAAUAAAAGUGGUCUAUUUUAAUAAAAAUACAUGCAGACGUUAGUUACCUUAGCAUAUGAACAAACCUCUUCCACUUACUAAGGACACUACAGUCAAAUCAUUUAUUAUAUAUUUGAUAUAUAUUUUUAAAUCAGACUAUGAGACUAGAAAGAA